AAAUCUAACGGGGAGCAGCACACAGAAAAAACAGAAAUUUCACUUCGAAUGAACUCACCGCAGCGUCCAUCAGCGCGUACGCGCAGGCCGCACUUACCGGAGUGUGAAAAGCCACCGCAAUCGAACCCAACCGGCAACGACCUAGAGUCAUCUCUCCUCCAAAUCUUCACCGAUCACAACCACACCUCCCUUCGUCUCCGGGAAACCACGGUGAUUGAGACAGAGAAAGCGAAGAAAGAAGCGGCGAGAGUGGCGGAUUUGUUGGUGGAUAAAGUGAAUGGAGGAGUGCAAGAAUCGUUUGUUAAUGAGAAGAGAAUUGAGAUGGAGAUUAGAAGUUUAGCAGCAAGUAUUGUAAGGUUUAUGAAGCAGAGUGAUCAGUGGCUUACUGCUACUCAUUCCAUUAAUACCGCUAUUAAGGAGAUUGGGGACUUUGAGAACUGGAUGAAGACAAUGGAGUAUGACUGUAAAAGCAUAACCACUGCGAUACACAACAUUCACAAAGAAUGAACUUAUAGUUGAAAAGUAUGUUUUUUACUAUAUUUCACUGAAUGGAGAAAUUUCUGCCUCAGACAGAUCAGUUACCACAAGUUUGUGUUUACUGUAAACUUCAUCAUGUUUGCUUUAAUAGUUCUUUAUUGUAUUCAUGUACUAUUGUCGUUUUUUUUAAUAAAACAAUUCUUUGCAA